UGGAAGGAAGGUAAAAGAGGUGGGGAAAUCCCCUCACCUCAUAGGAGGGUCCCAUCUGGUGGGAGCAGUGUGGUAAGGACAAUUCUGUAGGGUGGGGUAGGGCGGGGCGGGGGGAGACAAAGGGGACAAGAGGGGAGGCAAAGACAGGCGGCUAAAGGGAUGGCAGCUCUUCAGUGGGGCAGAAGGAGCCCAGGGACCUGGGUUUGAUCAGCGCUGUGGUUAAGCGCUUGGCUGCUAAUCAAAAGAUUGGCAAUUUGAACCCACCAAGCUGCUCCAAGGGAGAAAGCUGUAUCAGUCUGCUUCCAUAAAGAUUACAGCCUUGGAAACUCUAUGGGGUAGUUCUACUCUGUAACACAUGGGGUCACCAUGAGUCAGAAUCAACUUGGCAAUGGGUUUAGUUUUUUUUUUUUUUUUGGUAUCCCCAUUUUACAGAUGAGAAAAGUGAGGUAGAGAGUUGUUAAGUAACUUACCCCAAGUCACUCAGUGAGUAUGUGGUAAAGUCAGGAUUUGAGCCCAGGCAGCCUGGAUCCAGGGUCUGGGCAGUCAUCAUCAUCCUUACCUUACACUGCCUCCCAAUAACGGUGGCAGCAGCAGCAAACGUCACAAAUGCUCUCUUUUUUUGGGGGGGGGGGGCCUUCUGCUACAGUUUGUGGGGCCCCUUGCUCAAAAAUGAGAACUUUAGUCAGUGACAGCACCGGUCCCUGGGUGACUCACCGUUUACCCCAGAGACUCCUGACAGGGCCUCUGGAGGCAGGCCUAUCAUUAUUCCUGUUACCCAGAGAAGCAGCUAGGCUCAGAGAGGGGCCUCUUUUUGCUCCAGGUCACACAGUGAGUUAGUGGCAGAGAUGGGAUGUAAACUCUACUAGUGACCAGUUGUUGAGUCAACUCUGACUCAAGGUGACCCCAUGUGUGUCAGAGUAGAACUGUGCUCUACAGGGUUUUCAAUGGCUGGUUUUUUGGAAGUAGGUCACCAGGCGCCUCCAGGUGGACUCGAACCACCAACCUUUUGAUUAGCCCCUAAGUGCCUUAACCGUUUGCACCAUCUGGGGACUUCUAAAGUCCCCUAACUCCUGCCAAAAAUGUACCCAGGGUUCUUGAGGUGGAGAGGGCUGUGGGAUCCCAAGCAGACUUCCUUCAUACACCCUAUGUCUCUCUUUCUCCCUGCCAAGGCCCAGAAGGUGUGACCGGAUUCCUUCUCCCCUACAGACACCUAGGAUCACGCAUCCUGUGACUCUCCCCCAUACCCUGUCGCCCUCUGAACGGUGGCCACCAUGGCUACUUCGAAGUCACAGGUGGUGCCCGGGGAGGAGACUACCAUCCUCAUGGCCAAGGAAGAGCUGGAGGCCCUGCGCACUGCCUUCGAGUCGGGCGACCUCCCCCAGGCCGCAUCGCGCCUCCGCGAGCUGCUGGCCUCCUCCGAGUGCACCCGCCUGGAGGUGGGUGUCACAGGCGAGUCAGGAGCUGGCAAGUCGUCCCUCAUCAAUGCCCUACGGGGCCUGGGGGCCGAGGACCCCGGCGCGGCGCUCACGGGCGUCGUGGAGACCACCAUGCAGCCGUCGCCCUACCCGCACCCACAGUUUCCAGACGUGACGCUGUGGGACCUUCCGGGCGCCGGCUCUCCGGGCUGCUCCGCUGACAAGUACCUGAAGCAGGUGGACUUUGGCCGUUAUGACUUCUUCCUGCUGGUGUCCCCCCGCCGUUGCGGGGCUGUAGAGAGCCGCCUGGCCUCUGAGAUCCUGCGCCAGGGCAAGAAGUUCUACUUUGUGCGCACCAAGGUGGACGAGGAUCUGGCGGCCACGCGCACCCAGCGGCCCUCGGGCUACAGCGAGGCGGCUGUCCUGCAGGAGAUCCGUGACCACUGCGUGGAGCGGCUGCGGGCAGCCGGCAUGUCCGACCCCCGCAUCUUCCUGGUGUCCAACCUCUCGCCAGCCCGCUAUGACUUCCCGCUGCUCAUGUCCACCUGGGAGCACGACCUGCCCGCCCACCGGCGCCACGCCGGCCUGCUGUCGCUGCCCGACAUCUCGCUGGAAGCCCUGCAGAAGAAGAAGGACAUGCUCCAGGAGCAGGUGCUGAAGACCGCCCUGGUGUCCGGAGUCAUCCAGGCCCUGCCGGUGCCGGGGCUGGCGGCCGCCUACGACGACGCUCUGCUGGUGCGCUCGCUGCGUGGCUACCACCGCAGCUUCGGCCUGGACGACGACUCGCUGGCCAAGCUGGCCGAGCAGGUGGGCAAGCAGGCGGGCGACCUGCGCUCGGUCAUCCGCUCGCCGCUGGCCAACGAGGUGUCGCCUGAGACAGUGCUGCGGCUCUACUCGCAGUCGUCGGACGGCGCCAUGCGGGUGGCGCGGGCCUUCGAGAAGGGCAUCCCGGUGUUUGGCACGCUGGUGGCUGGCGGCAUCAGCUUCGGCACCGUGUACACCAUGCUGCAGGGCUGCCUCAACGAGAUGGCCGAGGACGCCCAGAGGGUCCGCAUCAAGGCCCUGGAGGAGGACGAGCCGCAGCCCCAGCUCAGCCUGGAGGCCGCCGGUGACAGCGGUGUGGAAAAGCGGGGUUCCGGGGAGGGCGGCAGUGAGGAAGCCCCCCUCUCGGCCCGCCGGAAGCUUGGCCUCCUUCUCAAGUACAUUCUCGACAGCUGGAAGAAGCGCGAUUUGUCAGAGGAGAAAUGA